CCCCCCGCGCCCCCCGGCCCGGCCCGGCGCCCCGGACCUGAGCGCGCCCCCAUGGAGGCGCCCGGGCUGGCCAAGGCGGCCGCGGCGGACGCCGACGCCCGAGAGAGCUCGGGGGAGACCCCCGACGGCGCGCCCGCGCACUUCCCCGGCCCCGGGGCGCCCUCGCCGGAGCCGCCCGCCUACCGCCCGCAGGACUUCGACACGCUGGCCACCGUGGGUACGGGGACGUUCGGUCGCGUGCAGCUGGUCCGCGAGAAGCAGAGCACACGUUUCUUCGCCCUGAAGGUGAUGAGUAUCCCGGACGUCAUCCGCCUGAAGCAGGAACAGCACGUGCACAACGAGAAAUCCGUGCUGAAGGAAGUCAGCCACCCGUUCCUGGUCAAGCUGUUCUGGACGGGGCACGAUGACCGCUUCCUGUACAUGCUGAUGGAGUUCGUGCCGGGUGGUGAGCUCUUCAGCUACCUGCGCAACCAGGGCCGCUUCUCUAGCUCCACCGGGCUCUUCUACGCCGCGGAGAUCGUCUGUGCCAUUGAGUACCUGCACUCCAAGGAGAUCGUCUACAGGGACCUGAAGCCGGAGAACAUCCUGCUGGAUAGAGACGGUCACAUCAAGCUCACUGACUUCGGGUUCGCCAAGAAACUGGUGGACAAGACGUGGACCCUUUGCGGGACCCCCGAGUACCUGGCCCCCGAAGUCAUCCAGAGCAAGGGCCACGGGAGAGCCGUGGACUGGUGGGCGCUCGGCAUCCUCAUAUUCGAGAUGCUCUCGGGGUUUCCUCCGUUUUUUGAUGACAACGCAUUUGGCAUUUACCAAAAAAUUCUCGCAGGCAAGAUCGAUUUCCCCAGGCAUUUGGACUUCAGUGUCAAAGACCUCAUUAAGAAAUUGCUUGUUGUCGACAGAACCAGGAGAUUGGGAAACAUGAAGAAUGGAGCAGAGGAUGUGAAACGGCAUCGGUGGUUCCGGACCAUGGACUGGGAGACUGUCCCAGAAAGGAAACUGAAGCCUCCCAUCGUACCCAAAGUGUGCAGCGAGGGCGACACCUCCAACUUCGAAGCUUAUCCCGAGAACGACUGGAACAUGGCCCCUCCGGUGUCACAGAAAGAUCUGGAAGUCUUCAAGAAUUUCUGAGCAUGGGCUCCCCACCUGGAAGGGGAUUGUCGCCAGCCUGCUUUGAUAGGCAUCUGUAAAGCUGAGAAGGAGACGAAAUCGCAGCUGACCAUACGGCAUAAUGUUCAUGGUCACAGAAGCUGGAAUCCCCCUCAGCAGAAAUGUAUCGUUUGCCAGCAAUGGAAAAGUCGUGAUUUAUGCUCUCCACAUGUCAAAAUACGCAAAAGAAACUCCAGUCACUAGGUAACAGGUGUCCACGUCACACCGUCACGAUGCUUUAAAACACCACGUCCUGUUGUGCUCCUGGGGCAGCUGAACCAUCAGCUGUUUAUAAAGGUCUCGUGCAGUGUUUUGUUUCCUUCUGUCCGUCUGUAUGUCGGGACUCCCCUGCUGCCAGCCACAGCGUCACCAGUAGCGCUGAGCAGCUGGGUGAUGUGACACACAUUUGCCCUGUCUACGUACAACCUAAGUUGCCUCUCAGUUCGGAACCACUUGAACUGUGAAAUACAGCUCCAUCCUGUUCCCGCGAGACCCCGACGCACCGCCCUGUAGGCACCGAGGGCCGCCCACCCAGGUGAACGCUGCAGGCUGCAGCAGGUCCCAUCAGAACAUCAAAAUCCUCACGUUAGCUGCAGGUGCAGGAAAGAUUGGAUUUUUUUUUUUUUUCCAGCCCUUUGAUUUUGCAUCACGAAAUUUACACCAUCACAGGAGCCCUUGAUGGCUCCCAAUUAAGAUUUGAAGGGACACAUGCCUGCAUUAUUCUUUCUCCAGGGGUCCGUCUCCCUGGCAUGUAUUUUACACCUGUUGGGCACAUCCUACGUACUGUAUGUACCCUCUAGCCCUGUUUCUGACUAAUGAGUUCCACUUCCCUGGAUGUUGUUGAGUUACCAAAAACAAAGAGAAAAA